GAAACAUAAACGCCCUAUUGCCGUGGUUUAGACAACUUCCCGUUUGCGUUCCAAGCCUCCAAGUGAAUUCUGUCAUUGGUUGGUGUAGACGUUCAAGAAUGAUAGUGUGAUUUGAUUCGUUAGUAUGCAGCGCGGCGGGAGAACGCCAAAGAAUCUUUUCCUGUCGCAUCUAAUUUAUAGACGCAGAAGAUGAGUAAAUCUAAAGACGCUGCAGCAGCCACAAUAAUUCUGAAGUAUCUUAAUGACCAGAAUAGACCUUAUAGCACUCAAGAUGUCUUCGGUAACCUUCAGCGUGAUCAUGGAUUUGGAAAAACGGCUGUGGUCAAAGCAAUGGAAUCGCUGGCUCAACAAGGGAAGAUUAAAGAGAAGGCUUAUGGCAAACAAAAGAUCUACUUUGCAGAUCAGGCGCAGUUUCCAAGCAUGAGUGACUCAGAACUCAGGAGUCUGGAUUCCCAGGUGACCGAACUAUCCAGCAAGGUUCAAAGUGCUCAGCUUACCUGUCGGCAACUUGAAUCAGAGCUCAAGGAAUUAACAAACUCAAUGACAACAGAUGAGAUGCUGAAGGAAAUUGCAGAGUUAAGGGAAGAAUGUGCUAGAAACCAGGAACGACUGGAGAAAAUUAAGUCUGCCACCAACCACGUAACACCAGAGGAGAAAGAGAAGGUGUACAGUGAGCAGAAGCAAUAUUGUAAAGCAUGGAGACAGAGAAAAAGGAUGGCAACAGAAAUGUUUGAUGCAAUCCUUGAAGGCUAUCCCAAAAGCAAGAAGCAAUUCUUUGAAGAAGUUGGCAUUGAAACAGAUGAAGAUUAUAAUUUGACUGUACCAAAUGUGUGACCCCCCCUCCAAUACUGAAAGAGGAAUCUACACAACAACUCUAAAUCCAGUGCCCACUGCGAAUAUUCAAAGCUGCAUAGCCCACUGAUACACGGUGCAUACUGUAAGAAGAAAAACAUAUAAAUACUGCUUUUCUUUGAUUAUUCUACUAUGCCUUCUACAGUACUGUUUCUGAAGAAUUUAGGGUUACAAAACAAUCAUCCAAGUUAAUGCUUUGGUGACCCAACUGACACACAGGCCAUAAUCUCAAAAAUAAUUUGUCAGCAAAUAUGGUUCCUCAUAUGUUUAUAAUAACUUUUAAAUUAUGAUACAUCCAGGAAGACCCCUCUUUUACAUAAAAACAUAUUAAACUGACAUUAAUGCAAACACCCCAAAAGUCCUGACUUAAAAUGUAAUGCUGAACUCCUGGUUUGUUGUAUAUACGGACUGUAAAUAAAAACAAAGUGUAUAUAUAAUUUACUUUUCUGAAAUAAAAAUAGGUUGAAAUGUU